AUGUCGAUACUGUUUCGAUCUGGACUGAGAUCAUUUAGGUCAUCAAGGUUUUCAAGACUUGAUUACAAUUCUUUGCUACGUCCGGGUGUGCAGAACUUGUCUCGAAGGGUUGAUUUAUUCCACACGGGAAUACGGCUACAGAAUAAGAAUGAGAAAGACAACGAAGGAAGCGAGAACCAAGGCGACUCGGGGGAUCGAGACCUCGAAGAGCUCAAAAGGAAGAUAGAGGAUUACAUCAAAGACUCGAAAACUAAUAGCUCCAUGGGUAAGAAUGAGCAGAAGAAGAAAAUAGAUGACGGAUUUGCACGUCUUGAAGAACUAAUGAACAAGCAACAGAACAAAGUGAGAAAAGACGCAGAAGCAGGAGAGGGUAGCGGCGAGGGUCACAAGGAGCAGAAAGAUGAGAAAGACGAAAAAACGGAAGCAGAAGAAUUCAAUAAGAAAAUGAACGACAGGAAGAAGGCAGAAGAAGAGAGAUUAUCCAAGAUACUAAAUGAUCCUAACGCAAAGGUCUUUGCCAUGGAUUGGGGUGAUUUGACGGUUGUUUUGCUUCUUGCAUUUAUUCUUGGAUUUUCUUUGUUGUCAGGCAGUUCAGAACAAACCCGGGAAGUAACAUGGCAAGAAUUUAGAUCUCGUUUGCUCGAAAGGGGUUAUGUGUCCAAGCUCAUCGUGGUAAACAAGUCGUUGGUCAAAGUGGUUCUCAAUGAAAAUGGGAAAAAUCAGCCUGAAAACAAUGGUCAUGACUACUACUUUUUCACAAUUGGUUCGAUUGAAAGUUUCGAGCGGAAAUUAGCCAAGGCUCAGGACGAAUUGGAAAUCGCUAAAGACUUCCGUCUUCCUGUCCUUUAUAUACAGGAAGGUAACUGGGGCAGAGCCAUGUUUCAAAUAUUACCCACUGCACUUAUGAUUGCUGGUCUCGUGUGGAUCACAAAGAGAUCGGCUGGUAACGCAUCAGGCGGUGGACCCGGUGGUAUUUUCAGCGUCGGGAAAUCUAAAGCGAAAAGAUUUAACAAGGAUGUUGCUGUUAAAGUGAGUUUUAAAGAUGUUGCCGGUUGCGACGAAGCUAAAGAAGAAAUCAUGGAAUUCGUAAGCUUUUUGAAGGAACCCUCACGUUACGAAAAAAUGGGGGCUCAAAUACCGAGAGGUGCUAUUUUAUCAGGACCACCGGGAACUGGUAAAACGCUAUUGGCGAAAGCUACUGCUGGUGAAGCAGGCGUACCCUUUUUCUCUGUAUCGGGAUCAGAAUUUGUUGAAAUGUUUGUGGGAGUGGGUGCUUCUAGAGUGAGAGAUCUGUUCAAGACCGCUAGAGAAAAUGCGCCCGCUAUUAUUUUCGUGGAUGAGAUCGAUGCUAUCGGUAAAGCUCGACAGAAGGGAAAUUUUUCUGGUGCUAACGAUGAAAGAGAAAAUACUUUAAACCAACUCUUGGUUGAAAUGGAUGGCUUCACUCCUGCCGACCAUAUCGUUGUACUUGCAGGUACCAACCGUGCCGAUGUGCUCGACCAAGCAUUAAUGAGACCUGGUCGUUUUGACAGACAUAUCAACAUAGACAAACCAGAGCUCGAGGGCCGGAAGGAGAUCUUUCAAGUGCAUUUGAAACAAAUCAAGUUGGCAGGCGAUAUAAACGAUCUGAAAAACCGGUUGGCUGCUUUAACUCCCGGGUUCUCGGGUGCCGACAUCUCGAACGUAUGCAAUGAAGCCGCUUUGACGGCCGCUAGAAAUGAAUGCCAUCACGUUAAACUCGAGCACUUUGAACAAGCGAUUGAGAGAGUCAUUGGAGGCGUCGAAAGAAAAUCUAAGCUUUUGUCCCCAGAAGAGAAGAAAGUCGUUGCAUAUCACGAAGCAGGUCACGCCGUUUGCGGCUGGUUCUUGGAAUUUGCCGAUCCACUUUUGAAGGUGAGUAUCAUACCGCGUGGUCAAGGCGCCCUAGGGUAUGCGCAGUAUUUACCUGCAGACAUGUAUUUACUCAGCGAGCAGCAGCUGCUGGAUAGAAUGACAAUGGCUUUGGCCGGUCGUGUAUCGGAGGAGCUUCAUUUCUCUUCCGUGACGAGCGGUGCGUCUGAUGAUUUUCAAAAAGUCACUCGUAUGGCGUCGGCGAUGGUCACUGAAUUAGGGAUGAGUGACAAAAUCGGGUACGUGAAUUUCCAGAAAAAAAGCGAAACCGAUCUUACCAAGCCAUUUUCUGAGGAAACUGGCACCGUGGUUGAUUCUGAGAUAUACAGAAUCGUCCAAGAAUGUCACGACAGAUGUCUCAAGUUACUUCAAGAAAAAAGCGAAGACGUGGAAAAGAUUGCUCAGCUCCUGCUGAAAAAGGAAGUCUUAACCAGAGAAGACAUGAUUUCACUGCUCGGUAAGCGCCCAUUCCCUGAGCGCAACGAUGCCUUUGACAAAUAUUUGAAUGAGCAAGAAACUCAAAGGCUAAAGAAAGAAGAAGAAAAAAGCUCAGACGACAAAUGA